UAAGCCUUGGCUUAUCAUUUUAUUGAGUUUUCAGACUCCAUAGGCUCGAUAGGGGAUAUAUGUGAUUAUCAGCGCCUUGCACUGGCCAGUAAUACUGAAUAUAGUAGGCAAUAGUGUUGGCUUCCCUCCUCAUAUUUGUGAUGCUAAACAGGAAUAUUACUUUUCACACUUUCUAGACAAAACAACAAAUCCAGCUAAGGGAAUAUCCUGUUCCACCAGAAGGCAUCCCAAUCCAACCCAUCAUGUGAUUCACUAAUGAUCAUAAAUCUUCUUCAGGUGACAGAGUCCAUGCAAUAUGGAUAUUAAUUCAUCUGAUUUGCAUCUGACUAUAAAACCCAAAUUCGACACCAACAUCCUUCUUUUAAUCUAACAUCUCCCAGUUAAGAAUAAUGGAGCCAAACCCUACUAAGUUCUAUCAUCUGCACCAGUUUGACACAAGAGAUUUCACUAACAAUUUCUUUUCUCCCCAAGCAGAUAGUUUGUUCCUAGAACAAGCUGUGAAAUACCCGCUGAGAACUCUGUAUACGGAAUUUGCUUCAGGUUAUAUCAAAGGUGAAAGCUUGAUUGACGUCAGUAUUGGACCCCUCAUUUUUCCCCUCUUCCCAGUUUUUGAGCACUUCAGAGAAAUCACAGUCUUAAAAUUUAAUGAUGACUGCAUCAAAGAACUGGACAAAUGGAGAACAUCCGAUCCGGGUGCCUGUGACUGGUCUCAUGCAGUCGAGUUCAUGGCGGAACUGGAAGGAAACAGUGCUGUUUGGACACAUAAAGAAGAACAGCUAAAAAGAAGAAUAAAACACCUACUUAAAUGUGAUGUUUCAGCAGAAAACCUGGUUGAUGAAAGGACGGUUCCAAAGGCAGACUGUCUCCUCACAGCAUGGAUCCUGGAGACCAUUAGCCAAGAUGAAACUUCCUACUGUAACAAUUUCAAGAAAAUGUCAGCUUUGCUAAAAUUAGGAGGUCACCUGGUCUUAAUUGGAGAUAUCCAGGGAUCCUUUUUCAUUGUCAGGGGCCACAAGUAUCACAUCUUACCCAUUGGGGAAGAGUUCUUAAGGAAGACUCUAGAGGAUGAAGGUUACUCUAUUGUAUUCUAUAGUGCAGUGGGGAGGAACGCUGAGAAGCAAACAACUAAUUAUGAGAAGAUUGUGUGUAUCAUAGCCCGCAAAGUAAGGGAAAGAUAGAGGGAAAUCCUGGGUUACAUAGAAACUGAACCCAGAAACCCAGAAACCAGCCUUUAAAGGUGCCCAGGUGGGUUUCCAUAUUCUUUUAUUAAGAAAUGAAAAAAAUGUAUAAGUAAAAAAUCCUUCAAUAAAAUGCAAUUUUCACCAAAA